AUGAGCAGGUCAUUGCCCUUUUCCAGGCUCUUCAGGCAGCUGGAGCAAGAGAUGGAAACUGUGGUAAAGGUACUGCAGCCUGGACCUUUAGGAAUCAUAGAGCACAAGUUCUCUGCUGAGGAGAUACGCAAGGCAAAUGCUACAGUUCAGAGGGCUGUGGAAACUUGGCGGCAGAAUGCAAUCCUAGAGCAGAGGAAUCCACUCUUGAAAGAUUAUAUUCAUAAGUGA